AUGAUCAGAUAUGUAGUGACAAUAAAUUCAUACGAAAAUAGAAAUGAUGUGAUUUAUUAUACUAUUCGAGUUGAUGGUUCAAAUUUUCACAAAAUACUUUAUAAGAGAUAUUCGGAUCUAAAAGUAUUGAAAGAGCAACUCUAUUAAAAAAACAAUGAAUUUAAGUUAAAAUUAACACUUCCAAAAUUUCCAAAAAAGAAGAUGUUUGGAAGUACAAAAAACUCUCAAAGUGACAUAAAAUCUAGAGUAAUUCAUUUGUAAAUUAUAGGCUUAAGAAUUACAGUAGUAUUUAGAAACUGUUUUUAAUAUUCCAGCUUUAUAGUCGUUUUAAUUUGUAAAAGAAUAUUUACCAAAAGUACAAUUACCAGAUGAAACAUGUCGAUUAGAUUAAUUUGAUUCUUAAUAUUCAAAAGAUUUAUGUUGGUUGUAAAUGGAUGAACUGAAAAAAUCAUUUCUUCAAAGACAAGAUCUAUUUCAAUCAACAAAGAAAAGUAAAUAGAAAGGGAACAAAAAUUCAGUGUAUUAUUAGAGAUUUCAUUUUACAAUAAAUGAAUUUGCAAUUUAAAACGACUUCGUUCAAUAUUUCAUAACUUUAAUAGACACUAAAAAAACAACGAAAUAUUAAUUUUAGACUAGGUAUAGUAAUCUUCGAGAUUUUCAUUAACUAUUAGAGAAAUAAUAAUUUAAAAAUAGGCUUCCUCAUUUUCCAAAAAGAAGAUUAAUAGGAUAAACAAUUGAUAAUCCUUAAUAAAUCAAAGAGAGAUUAGAAUAAUUAUAAAAAUAUUUAAAUGAAAUAUUUAGUGUAAAAGAAUUUGCUGAAAGUGAACCCUUACUUUAUUUUAUAACUAGAAUUAAAUUAGAAGGCAAACCAAUUAGAUAAGAUUAAGCAGAAAGGGUAAGUCAAUUUUCCUAACAAGUAAAUGGGUCUUCGUUUAAUAUUAGUUAAGGAAUUGAAGAACUUCGUGAAUAGAAAUCCUAUUGA